CGCCAAAACGGAAAAUCUGUUUCCGGUACAUUCUUCAAGUUUAUUUACAAAAUUUCCCCUGCAUCUAACCAUGGGUACAAACAACAGAAAUUGUUGAAAAACACAAGUUAUAGAAACAUAAGUGUAAUUAUAGCUGGCAUCUAACAUUCUUGGUUUAAAGAUGUCUUCCAGAACACACUUUGGUGUUGUUGAUCAGGCUAUGAAGUCUAUGAAGACUGUUGAAGAAUACAUCAAAGUUGGUAUGGAGACAACGCUAGAUGUUGGUAUGGACUUUGUUGAACAUGACAAAGACAAUGAGAAACAAAUAGAUGAGCUGAGAUCUGUGAUGAAGGAGUAUGUUAGAAUGGAAAGAGAUCUUCAGCAGUUUAUGGAGGCUGUAGAAUGUGUCAAAUCAACUGCAACAAAGAAAAAUGAGCCCUUGGAUUUGGAGAAAGAAUUAGAUAAUAAGUUGUUGGAACUUAAGCAAGCAAACAAUGAUGCAGAACUGACAAAGCAUGAGAAAUAUGUGGAUCUUAUUGACAAAGUUAAUGAAAUGCAGCAGCCAGAGGGAUCGUAUGCUGCUCCAGCCACAUCCACUCAGAUUGAUGAAGAUAUUGCCAUGACGCAGCCAGAGAUCAACACACGCUGUCCAUAUACUGGCAAAGAUAUGAUUAAUCCGGUCAAAAACUCUUAUUGUGGUCAUCACUAUGAUAAAGAGGGAAUCAGCCAUUAUAUCAAAACAAAAGGACGCAAAGCAAAAUGUCCUGUUGGUGGUUGUGGGAAUGACAAACAGAUAGAACUGAGUGAUUUGAUUGAAGAUAAAGACAUGAAAAAAUUUAUAGAUAGGAAAAAUAGACAUAAUAAGAAAACAAAGAAUUGAAAACAUUUAGGUAUAUAAACUAUACAACCUGGUUUGUAUUAAAGAUGAAGUUACCUGAGAUGGAAACAAGUAACCAUAAUACAACUGUAAUGCCAAUGACAGUUACCUGUGGACAGAUAGAGAUGAAACAGACAGGAAAAGAUUAAGACCAGUUGGUUCCAUGUUGGUUCUAUGUUUUGUGUAUAAAUUAAUUGACAAAUACAGUGUUCUUUUAUUGUAACAAAACUAAAAUCAGGGAUAAUAUUGAUGUUUCUAUAUACAGAAUUUUGUUAAUGUUACAUGUUUUAUUCUGGAGAAUGUCUUGAAGAAAUUUUUAAUUGUAUUUUUUCACUAUUUCUUAAAAGUGUCAUUUUUAAAAUAUUGGGAUAAUUAAAGGGUUAUUUUUUUUAGAAAGGCACAUUACCCAAAACUUAUUUUGACUUUUUGCUACUUGAUGAAUCAUUUUACUAAUGAUUACUGUAGUAAUGUAAAUUAAUAGAAAUAAAGGCAUAAGAAUAAUAUAAAUGGUGAUUGUCAGGUAGAAGAAACAUUUGUUCUUCAAAAUGCAAAUUUCAAUGAGCAAUCAAAAUUACUUAAAUAAGAAGAAGAAUUUUGUUUGUUGAAAAACUAAUAUUACAAUGAUCUUCAGUGUCUAUUAUAUACAUGAUAUAAAUGAGAACUGUAUGAAUAUUGUAAGAUGCACAACUAAUAUUUUUUUUAGAAGAGUUAAACUUAUUUUCAGAUAUCUUUUCAUAUUCUGCCUGUUAUGACUAAAUUAUAGUAGUCAACACUGAUUUAAACAAAUUUGUCUGUUUGGCUGUCAAACUUUUCAAUAAUACAGUUCACAACAAAUAUUACAUAAAAAUUACUGGAUAAUUAGCAUUAAGUAAUAUAAUUUCAAGUUUAAAUGAUGCAGUGCUUUUUACUUUUUUAUUUAAUUUGGAUACAAAAUUCAGCUCUUCACUAUAUGUAAAAUUUGAAAUUUAACUGGUCAGAUGAAAUUUAUUUUAAUGGCUGUAAAUCAUUUGUUUCUUGCACGUGAAAACAAAACAAAAUGUGUAUUAUAAUUGAUUUUAAUAUGGACAUUGAUUAUUUGCAUUUUCUGCAUUUAUGAUAUAAAUCAGUGGAUAGUGUAAUGAGACACUUUCAUAUUUUGUCAUUUAACUAAAUGAAAUAAAAACUCAAGCAGCAAUCAUAUUUUUCAAACCAAACAGCAUUUAUAUCAUUAACUAAAUGUCAAAAUGAAAUAAAAACUCAAGUUGCAAUCAUAUUUUUCAAACCAAACAGCAUUUAUAUCAUUAACUAAAUGAAUUAAAAACUCAAGCAGCAAUCCUAUUAAACAGCAUUUAUAUCAUUUUUGUCUUUUUACAGUAGCUAUAACAUAUUUGUUGCCUAGCUAUGUUAAAUAUAGUGCUAUUGAAAUUAUAAGUAAGUAUAUUUGUCAAAAAUUAAUAAAAAGUUGCCUUUCUGAGUUUUGAGAAUAAAAAAAUGAUCAAGGACUUUCAUUUUGUUAAGAUGGAAAGUUGUUGUUCCCAACUAAAACAAUGACAGUUAUUUUAAGAUGGAGAACAAUCAGCUAUUACUGUGUAAAUAUUGUUUGUUUGUUUUUUAAAUAAAUUUUAAACUUGA